GAGCCCUUGUGCAACACUGAAACCCUUCCGCUGAUGGCUUAAGAAACAGCAGCGAGGCGGCUGGUGGCUGUGGUCGCAAUGUCGGGCAGAAAGCUCCGGUCUGUGGCAAACCCUCUGGAGUCUGCGAUCACCACACCGAGUGAGAGGAUACUGAAAGAAUGCCACAGUUUAUAUGUCGACAGCGAGAACGGCCUGGUGAAGAUUGCCAGCAGCCUCGGAGUCCGACUCCUUCCUCCCAGAAAGAAGAUCAUUGUGAUGAUAAUGGGUAACCACUCUGCAGGGAAGAGCUCCUUCAUUAACUGGUAUGCGGAGGAGCACAUACAGAAAGCAGGUGUCGCCAUUGAAACACAGGGGUUCACGUUCAUCACAAGUGGUCGCAAAAGAGAAUCACUGACGGGGAAUGCAAUGCUACAUCUCUAUCCUCACUUUCGACCACUCCUUGAGUUCAAAGGUGUUACGGACUAUCUGUCUGCUGAGAUCUCCACCUCCAAGCAGAAGAAGUUCAGUCUGGUGACAUUUGUGGACACACCGGGUUUGGUGGACGGAGACAUGGUCUACCCUUUUGAUGUCAACAGCGCCAUCACAUGGUUGGGUAUGUCUUUGCAGCUGUACAUUUUACCGUCUUCUCUGCAGCUGUUGCUUUUCACUAAUGGAUGUUUGUUUUGUGCAGGAGAACAGGCCGACUUGGUAUUUGUGUUCUUUGACCCAAUGGGCCAGGCGCUCUGCAAACGCACACUCAACAUCGUAGAGAAGCUGAGUGAGAAAUGCGGAGACAAACUGUUGUUCUACCUCAGCAAGGCAGACGAAGCUGGGAAGGAAACAGACAGACAGAGGGUGAUGAUGCAGAUAGUCCAGGAGCUGUGUCGCCGUCCAGGUCUCAACAAAUGUGGUUUUGAUAUGCCUACAAUAUACAUCCCCAACCCACAGAGGCCGAGCCGCUGUGUGAACCAGAUCGAUGGGGUGUGUCAGACCAUCGAGAAGACCAUCAACCAGGCUGUUCAAAAGACUUUGGAUCAGCUGGAGAAAGACUGUGACCUUAUGUGUUCUACCAUCAGCAGCAGACUAGAGCAGGACAGGGCUGAUGUGGCUCACAACAAAAGCGUCCGUCUUCACUCGUUCUUGUGUGGCGCUCAGGGCGUUUUCCUCCCCGUCCUCUUUAUCCUCAGUUUCAUUGUGAACACCUUGUCCAAAGAUCAGCUAGAUGAGCUGCUGGGUGAAGGACCGGCCCGGACCCUCUCCAUCUUCACAGGCAUGGUGAUUUAUUUAUGGGACUGGAUACCAGAAGAUGGACAAGUUGUGUUUGUCAUCAUUUUUGGAGCUUUUUGCUACCUCCUGCUGUUCCUAGCAAAGUAUUUUGCAGGCCGAGGGAAUAAGACUCUGACGAAGAAAGAGAAGAGGACGAUGGCAGAGUACAGUGAUUAUAUCCAGGAUAUCAUCAAAACCAAGAAGGGGAAACUGUAUGAGUGGUACCUCCAGCAGUGUGCAGCAGAAUAUGACCUCUGACCCCGAGGGUCAGCUGAAGACAGUUUACCCGCGUGUUUGGGUGUUUUCAGGAAUCAGUGGGACUUUUUAAGCAGAUGACGAUCCACCAAAUGAUCAGGUUUCUCUCCUCUCAGUCGGGGAUGUGCCUCAAAAUGCAGCAGAUAUCUCUGCCAACGUGUAUCAUCUCAAGAGCUUCUUAAAGAUCAAGUGCCUUUAUUAGUUAGUACAGGAGAAGCAGUCAUUGUUAGUUGUUUGAUGAAAACAAUUUCAUAAUGUGAAUCUUUUUUUUUUCCAGUUUUUGUAGUACAUAAACGUUGAUGCCAGAAUUUUUUCCCCUUAAUUUCUUCAUAUAGUCGAAGUCCUCAAAUGUCACAGCACCGUCCUGAAGUCAUGUUGUCUUUACAAGGUGCUAGAAUGACCUUCUCUUGUGUUUCACUGUUAGCUGUGAUAAUACUUAGGCAUUAUAGACGGACAUUUUGUCAAAUCUUCAUACCAAUAAGAAGCUUUCUCCUGCCUCCAAAGAGUCUCUGUCCAUGUUUGUUUUGUUGUGUGAUUUGUGCAGCCAUCAGAUAUUAUCAUUGAUAAAUCAUCAUCAUGUGAUAGUACUUACAAAAACUACUUUAUCACAACAGUAUAGUGAAACUGGUGAGCAGUGGAGUCUGUCCCUGCUUUCAUGUGUAUCUCCUAGUUAAUGAACGCUGAACCCUUCAUGCUGUCUAUAGAUCUGUGUAACUCAAAUCUAGUUUGAUGACUACAACACCAUGUAAUGCCUUUACUCCACUUUUUAUAGAUAUAUUUAUAAGUCUUCAAGGUGCUUUUUACCCAAAUAAUGUAGAAAAACCUCAACGGGUCGUUUGCAAUAUCAUUGUGAACACUGUCAGUUUGCACUGUGUGUGUUAGAUGCCUCCCAGGUAUUGUCCUCAUUAGGAAGCAUCUUUGUUUUAUGAGAUAUUUCAUUUAUAAAUUUGUGAAACUUGUACGUGUGUGAAUUUAUCUAUUCUGUGUAAUUUUACCCAGAAUAUUUAUAUUGUAUGAAAGCGAGGCUCAACUGACUAGAUGUUUUUCAGUAAUCCCGACUCAAAGAAUGAAACUCCUGCAAACUAUGCUAUGUCACUUGAAAAUCAUUAAACAUUUUUGACUGA